AAAGACGUAUAACAUGAAAUCGUCCACCUCUGGCUAAUUUAAAUAAACGUAAGACAAAAACACUAUUAGUAUCUCCUCGUAUUGUUUCUGUUUUCUGCCUCGCUCUUCUAUAUCAAACAUUCGAAUCAGAAGAGUGGACUCAAGUGGAGGCAGCUACAUUGACUUUUCAAUGUGUUGUAACCUUUACGAUGAGUUAUGCGCUUGUAAAAUGAUCUCUACAUCUAAGGUCUCCCAAACGCUAAAUCGUUGUGUUAAUAUGUAAAGUAAUUAUAAAGAACGCCAUUUUUAAAUAUAUAUUCAUUGAAUUGUGCCAGAAAAAAAUAUUAGACAACACUUCCAGAGUUGUAAAAGCUUUUAGGUGUGCGAUAUAUGUUUCUGCAUACAGACAAAUGAAAAUGUUAUUCUGUGGUAAUUCAACAUUUUGGGAUGAAGACUUGACUGUGAACUCAUCGUGGCCACACUUCACUCAGUGUUUCCAAUCAACAGUUUUGGUUUAUAUACCAGCAAGUUUUCUCUGGAUCAGCUCUGCUUUCUACAUUCCUUACCUUAUGUCUCGGGAUACAAGCAUACCUGGACCUUUCUCAGCUCUGUACAUCACCAAAACUUCUUUGUCCAUCGUGAUGGCCGUUUUUACUGUAUGCAUGGUUGUCAAGGAAACGUUAAUCCAACCAAAUGAAUCUCCAGACGUCAUAAAUGGACCAACAUACUCAACACCUUCAAUUUGGGUUGCCAGAUUGGUCGAGAUUUUAAGCUUUGCUUUGACUGGUGUCAUUGUUCAUCUGGAGAGAAAGAGCUGUAUUGUAACCUCAGGAGUUCUCUUCGUCUAUUGGUUGCUAUUUUUAGUCUGUGACGUUGUCCCGCUCUACACCUACGUCAUGAUGCAGAUUUACAAGGAAAAUUUGUUUCGAUUUAUCGGAAUGGUAGCUAUUCUGACGUUUGCUACGAGCCAACUGGUACUGAACAGCAUUGUGGACAUGCAGUUGAGCACUAUCAGCGGAUUAGUUUCAGCCCAUUAUUGCCCCGAAGCGUCUUCAUCUUUUCUAUCACAGAUAACAUUUUCAUGGAUAACAAAACUAAUGACCACAGGAUGUAAGCGAGCUUUGACAUCGGCAGAUCUUUGGCAGUUGAAUCCACAAGAUUCUUGCGAAACAGUUGCUAGUCGUUUUACUCGGCCGUGGCUUAUGUUUUAUAAAUCAAGCAGGUCAAACAAAACACGUAGAUCUACUAGGCAUAGCUGUUUUGUUAAGGCUAAUUCAAAUCAUGGGUCUACAUUGGUUGAACAGAUUCAUUUUAAGAAGACACGAAUUUAUGGAUCUGUGCCUAGCUGCAUUUCAAACGAAAGAACGCCUCUGUUAAAAUGGUUCAAACAAAAGAGUCCCAAACAUCAAGAAGUCUUGAAAAAACCUGGUCAAAAACAUAGAAAAUGCAAUCUACUCAAAGUUCUAUCAUUUGCAUUCGGGUUUGAAGUUAUAAUUUCAUACAUCUGUAAGGCAAUUUCAGAUGUGUUACAAUUUGUAGGGCCAUUUCUUCUAAGAGGAUUGAUUUUAAAUAUACAAAGUUCAUCUGAUCAUUCAAAAUGGCAAGGUUUUGUGUUAGCUACGGCCAUGUUGUUUGGGUCCUGGAUGCAAACGAUUUUUUAUCAUCAACAUUACCAUCUGGCUAUAAAGUCAGGAAUGAGAAUGCAAUCUGCUUUAAUGGUAGCCAUCUACAAAAAGGCUCUUAGUUUAAAUUUUUAUAGGAAAAAGUCUAAUGCAAAGAGAGAAGUGGUUUCCCUGACCUUGGUUGACUGUCAAAAGGUUCAGGACCUAAUAACAUACAUAUGGAUGGUUUGGUCAAUACCACUGCAGAUUAUACUGGCUAUGCUUAGUCUUUGGUAUGUACUUGGUUUGCCAGCAAUGGUAGGUCUUGGCUUGAUGAUGUUACUGGUUCCUUUGAACUGUAUCAUGGCCUCUAAACAGCAAAGAUUGCAGAGUCAGAAUUUUCUUUGGAAAGACCAACGCUUGAACAUGGUGAAAGAGGUCCUUUCAAGUAUCAAGGUUUUAAAACUUUAUGCCUGGGAAGAAACUUUUCAAAACAAAAUAAAUAAGUUUCGACAGAAAGAGAUGCAAAUCCUAAGAAAACUGGCUUGCUUAAAUGGAUUACUUUUAUCUGUCUGGAUAUCUGCUCCAUAUUUGGCUUGUCUGGUCUCUUUCGGCACCUACCUGGCAUCUGACUUAAGUUUGAUAUUGACUCCUGAUAUGGUCUUUGUCACAAUAGCCUUGUUCAACAUUAUACAGUUUCCAGUUUCUUUUAUACCCGAGAUGAUUGCCUUGAUAACUCAAGCUGUUUCUUCUGUUAGAAGAAUUGAAGAUUUUCUAUGCCAAAGUGAGAUAGACAAAUCACACUAUGACAGACUAGGAACAAAAGAUUGUGCUGUGUCUAUCAAGAAAGGCAUUUUCUCCUGGAAUUCCAAGGAUAACUUUAGACUUAGUGGAAUCAACUUGGAGAUCCAACAUGGUUCCUUUGUUGCUGUUGUCGGGUCUUCUGAGAGUGGCAAGUCUUCAUUGCUGUCUGCUAUACUAGGGGAGACUACUUGUCAUCAAGGACAUGUUAGCACUUUGAAUCAUAUUGCAUAUGUGCCCCAGAAGUCCUAUAUACAAGAUUGCUCCCUAGAAGAAAAUAUUUUGUUUGGGGCUAGCAUGGACUUCAAAAGAUAUAACAAAGUCAUAGAAGCAUGUGCUCUGAGACCUGAGCUUGGUAACACAGAGAUGGAUGAGGAGGUCCUAAAUCUGAACUGUGAUCAGGAAAAGAAGGUCUGUUUGGCCAGAGCUCUGUAUUCAAAUGCUGACCUCUACAUUCUAGAUGACCCACUGAGAGAUCUUGACCCACAAGAUGACAAACACAUUUAUCAGAAGGUUCUAUCACAUAAAGGGUUGAUGAAAAACAGGACUCGAAUCAUGUCUACAAAUUCCAUCCAUUGGCUGCCUCUUGUUGACGUUAUUGUAGUCAUGCAGGAUGGUCGUAUUAGUGAAAUGGGCUCAUAUCUUGAACUCAUGAAGACUCGUGGGCACUUGGCACAAUAUCUGUUCAAUAUUUUGAGAGAUGAUCUGGAGUCCAAGGCUGUAGAAGAUGAUGAAGUUCAACAAAUGAGAAAUAAAAUGUGGGAACACGUUAAAGCUGUGAAGAGUCAUUCUGAGGACAUUGCUGUUGAGGAAGUAAUAAACUACUGUAGGACCAGGUUCGAAAUGAUGUCAAGUGGCUGUGGUUCUCCACCAGAUAAGAAAGAAGAAAAGAAAACUUGCAGGUUAACAUCUAUGGAGUCUAUCAGUGGUGAAAGUCACAGGCUGACAAAGAUGGUAGCUAUGGAUAGUCAUAAUAUCAGCUUUAGUGCCUAUCUCUCGUACAUUGGCAAUGUUGGUGUAUCUUGGACAUUUGUUAUUUUUAUAAUCUUCCUCUUCCACCAGGUGUCUGGUCUAUUGACCAACAUAUGGCUGACUAAGUGGACAAGUGAUCCACGUUUCAUUUUCAAGUCAGACAAUUUCACUUCUCUAGAUAUGGUGGAUGCAAAUAGCUAUUAUCUAAAUUGGUCUGGAGCCCUUGGCAUUGCUCAAGUUUUAUUUGUUGUGACAUUUGCAUGUCUGGGAUCACUGAGGCUGGUGAAGACAGCGGACACAAUGCAUGCCACCAUGUUAGAUCAUAUUCUAAAAGCACCACUGAAUUUCUUUGAUACAACUUCAACAUCUCAGAUGGUGAAACACUUUGACCAUGAUUUAGAAGUUCUUGACACUCACCUACCUUCAGUAGUAUUUAUGUUUAUCAUAUGUGGCUUCUCUGUGUUUACCAUUGUGGUCAUCAUAAGCAUCAAUGCUCCCCUUUGUAUCAGUGUCAUCCUGCCACUGUGUAUUGCUUACUUCAUCUUACAGAAAUGUUUUGUGUCCACAAAUCAUCAGCUGAAGAAAUUGGAUGCUGCUAUGAAAGCUCCACUUAAUACACACAUAUCUGAAACAUUGGCUGGGAUCCACAUCAUACGAGCAUUUGAUGUGGCCAGCCGAUUUUGUCAGACUUUUAAGGAACUUGUGGACAGAAGUCAGGCGUUUUAUUUUGCUGGUGUGACCUCUAAUAGGUGGCUAGGUGUCUGGGUUGAAGUGGUCAGCAGUCUAGUUGUUUUUUUUACUAUUAUUUUCUCUCUUCUAACCCCAAAUGUCAAUGGUGCACUUAUUGGUCUUUCUGUCACAUAUGCCAUGCAGAUAUCACAGGCUUUAAAAUGGCUAGUGAGAUCAUCCAGUGAUAUGAAAUCUAAUGUUACCUGUGUUGCAAGUGUCAAUAAAUACAGGGACAUUUCACAAGAGGUCUCUCAUCACAAUGAUGUGAGACUUCCUCCUGACUGGCCAUCCAGAGGAGAGGUCAUUAUCAACCAAUACUCAGCUAGCUACAACCAAGCCUCAGAGCCUGAGCUAAGGCAAAUCACAUGCCAUAUAAAACCAGGUGAAAAGAUUGGCAUUGUGGGAAAACCAGAAUCUGGAAAGUUGUCCUUUACCAUGGCUCUGCUAAGGAUGUUGAAUUACUUGGAGGGCGAGAUAAUUAUAGACAAUAUCAAUAUAUCUGUAAUUGGACUUAAUGAUCUGCGAUCAAAGUUGACAAUUGUACCUCAGGAAGGUGUACUUCUCUCAGGAACCUUGAGAAUGAACCUUGACCCCAAAGGUCAGUACCUAGACCAAGAACUAUGGUCAGCCUUGAAUUUGUCACAUCUGAAGGAUAUGGUGUCAAUUUUGCCUGCAGGCUUAGAAACACAUGUUGGUGAACAUGGUUUGAAAUUAAGCCCUGGUCAAAGGCGACUGCUUUGUUUAGCCAGAGCCAUACUCCAGCACAGUAAGGUUGUGAUAAUGGAAGAGCCUAACUGCAGUGAUGAAGAGACAACAGACUCUCAAGUAUUAAAUACACUGCUACAUGGAGCCCUGAGAAACUGUACUAUUAUCAUCAUUGCACAGACUAUCAACACAAUGAUGGAAUGUGACAGAAUUAUGGUUCUUGAAUGUGGUGAGAUAAUUGAGCUCAGCACACCUCAAUGUUUACUCCAACAAGAAAAUAGCUAUUUCUUCAAGUUGAUCAACUCCUCAAACCCUAUUGUUUACUCCAACAAGAAAACAGCUAUUUCUUCAAGUUGAUCAACUCUUGACUUGAUGAUUGAUGUCUCUAAACUUUUAAUACUUGACGAGGCAUUUAGAGGCCCAAAGAAAAACCCUUGUAGAAGACAGGCACAGAAGAUGUAUAGAAAACUUGAAAAGAUACUAGGCAGACUACAACUUUGUCUGCAUCAGAUGUGGGAAAAUAUGCAGGUCACAUCUGAGUUGGCGUGGUGAUGGAAAACACUGCACUCAUUCUUAAUUUUGGCAUCAAAGACAUUUUCAUUAUUAGGUUUCAAGUUGUGUAUGUGCUGGGGAAUGAAGGUAUAUAAAAAACUGUACAAGUUUUAUGAUAAGUAUAGUAGUUGUUCCAAAUUUUACUAUGUUUGUUUACUUUAAGUUACUGUAAUUUUUAUAAUCCACAAGCUUGUUUUGGACAUAAAGGAAUAUUUCUUUUAACAUUAUAGAUGUAAACCAAUAUAAUCAACACACUAUUAUAAUCCUGAGUAUAAAUUAUGUAUGCUUAUGGUUUGCAAUUUACUUUAAAUCCAAGUAAAAUCAUAUAUUUGUUUAAAACUAAAUAUAUCUUACAAUUAGACUACAGAUAUACAUAUUAUGUUAUCCAGAUGAAAUACAUAUAUCCUUCAAAGUAGACUGUUUAUCUAUACUUUGAAAAUUGUAACAUUGAAGGCAUGCAUUAAAAUGCCUUGUAAGUAAUGUAAAUUUUCUAUAAUUAUAAGAUUGUAUUGCUUAUUGUCAUAACAUAAGUAUGUAUUGUUUUUACUGUUAAUGUUUUUUUAAUCUAUUAUAUAUAUUAGGUCGCAGAUGGGGCUGCGUAGCCACAGGAUAUACUGCAUUCCUCAUUAAUCUUUGGACUCGAAGAUAAUCCUUAUUAUUAUUAUUUCCCAGAAAAGCUGCAUUCUAUAUAUUAAAAGUAUUUAUUUUUAAAAAUCUCACAUAUUCCUUAUUUUUAAAGCACUUUUUUUCUUUUUCUCUAUGUCUACUUAUUUUUCAUAUGCCCUACAUCAGUGAUGCCCAACCUUAUUCGGUCUGUGGGCCAUUAUAAUUUUCGGGAUUUGUGUCGCGGGCCAUAACACCAAAAAGAAAUAAAAUAUAUACAAUAAGCUAUUUUUAAUAGUUUUAUUUAUGGACCUACUUACAUAAACUAAUGUGAAGCAUGAAGUUUAUCCAAAACCAUCUUCUGAUUAUCUGGCUGCAUAGAUGAAACGCCAAGUCGGAGCACUGAAUCUAUAUGUUCAUCUGUGAGGCGAUUACGUAACAUGGUUUUCGCCCGUUUCAUCAUUGAAAAAGUUUGUUCACACAAAUAAGUGCUUGAAAACAUUGUGAUUAUCCUUAGUGCUUGUUUUUGCAGAUUUGGAAACGCUUCUGCAGGUAACAUGGAGUAGAAGUCAAUGGUCUGCAGCACUUAAAAUUUGUCAAGCAGGGAUGUCUGGCUUUGUAAGUCAAUCAGUUCCAGUUCUAGAUCUGUCGGAGCACUUGACACAUCGGCAGCAAACGGAUUUUCAAAAAAACGGAUUUCAUUUUUUAAAUUCUGAAAAUCCACAAAUCUUUCACUGAAAUUAUUCAUCAAGAGCCUCAGAAGUUGGAUCAUUCUUUCUUUAGGGAAAGACAUAUUUAGCUGCUUAUCAUUUUGUAGAGUGGUACAGGUUGGAAAGUGGUCAAGAUGCACCUUUUUCGCCUGUUGAAUGAAGAGUUGCAAUUUUGUUUGGAAAGCACAAUUUGUCUUUCCCUUGUAGUUUGGUGUUGAGUUCAUUUAGAUGUGAUGUGAUGUCGCAUAAAAUAGCCGAAUCCCACAACCAUGAGGGGUAGUUCAGUUGUGGCACUUGUUUUGAUUUAUCGGUCAUAAAUAUUUCAAUUUCGUGUCUCAAAUCAAAAAAACUUUUAAUACCUUUCCUCGCCUUACCAGCCCCCCCCACCCACCCCCUGCACUUCACUGGGAAAUAGAACGUCUUCAUAUUCCGACUCUACUUCUGUCAGAAAAUCUUUGAAAGUUCUGUGCUUCAACGCCUGUGAUUUGAUGAAAUUUACAGUGUUGAGCACAAUCAUCAUCAUAUGGUCCAGAUUCAAAACCUUUCCACAGAGAUUUUGUUGGUGAAUGAUGCAGUGAAGCCGCAGGGGUUCAGUUCCAUUUAACUCAACAACUUUUUUAAUAACUCUUGCUGCCAUUCUGCUGUGACAUCCAACCAUAUUUCAAGCGCCAUCAGUACUCACUCCAAUUAAUUUAUUCCAAGGAAGAGCAAGGUCCUCUAUGAUGGUUGACACUUCUUUGAACAGGUCUUCUCCAGUUGUAGUCCCAUGCAUGCUCCUCAUAGCUGCUAAUUCUUCUGUUAUAUCAAAAUUGCUGUUUGUACCGCGAAUAAAUACCAAGAGUUGCGCAGUAUCAGUUAUGUCAGUGGAUUCGUCAGCAGCAAUAGAAAACAUUUCGAAUUCGGCUGCUCUGUCUUUUAAUUGUGAAUGAAGAUUUACCCCCAUAUCUUCCACUCGCCUUGUACUUUGUCAUGUGAGAAAUGUUGACAGCUUCUACUGCAUUCUUCUUUUCAGGACACAUUUCUUCCAUCACUGCUAGCAAGCACUUUUUUACACAUUCGCCAUCGGAAAAAAUCUUCAUCGCUCUACUUAAGAUGUGAGCAACUCUGUAGCUGGCCCUUAUCGCCGACUCAUUUUCUUGUCUCUUUUUGUUAAAUAUUCUUGUCAAUCCCCCAAUCUCGAGUCGUAACUUGGCAAUCUUGUCUUCGCGGCUCAAACCAAGAAUGCCACCAUAUGUGUUUAUGUGUUUGGCUUCAUAAUGCCUUUUAAUGUUAUGUUCUUAAAAAACAACCACAUUUUCUUUACAAAUCAAACAUGUUGGCUUCCUAUCAUAUUCAACAAAAAAGUGAAGAUCUGUCCACUUUUCUUGAAAGUUUCUACAUUCAGAGUCCACUUUUUGUAUCUUAGGCUCUCCCAUUUCAUUAAAUCACAAACGUUAAACACUACGGUACCAAUUGCUUUGAUAUCAAAAGAACAAGACCCAAAACGAUGCAUCGAUGAUCUGUGUUGCACACACAAGGUGUCAAGGACACGGCUAGCUCAAGACAGUAGCGGAACUUUCCAAGAAUUAAAAAUAGCUGUCUAGUUUUAUCGCCAUUGAAAAAAAAAACACUUGUGUUCUUACAAUAAAAAAAAUAUUUACUAUGAAUAUUAAAAUACCAAACAUAAAGAUGGAAUUCAUCAAAGAAUGAGUGAGAAUCCUAACUGAAAGAGAAUAUUUUUUCAACAUUCUAAUUUUUUAAUUUAAAGAAAAAAAUAAUUAUUAUUUUUUUACAUUUUUAAAAUUUUUUUUUCUUUUUUUUUUUUACAUUUUGUUCCAAUGCUUUGGCGGGCCGGAUAGAAGCACGUGCGGGCCGUAGUUUGGGCAUCGCUGCCCUACAUCAUUUCCACUUCCUCUUAGACAAAACCAAUCCUAAUCUAUUAUAUAUUUGUAAGUUAUCACUCAUUGAUCACAAAAAGAUGUCUUAAACUGUCAUACAUAUCCGCAUCAAAUUUUGUACACAGGUUCCUUUUACCUCCUAGAUGCUCACUUAGAACAUUUUUUUGACAGAAUCGCAAACUUUGGACUGCUAUUCCCAAAAAACCACAAGUUUUCUAUCAAACCUUUGUAUUUUCGAUAUUUCCAAAAAAAAAAGCUGCAUUCUACAUAUAAAGCAGUAAAAUAAAUCACACAAAGUCUGUAUUUUUAAAGCCAUUUUUUUCCUUUUUCCCUUAGUCUUAGUCUAUUCCUGUUUUAAUAUACUGCCUUACAUUUUUGUUUUCUACCUUUUUUUUUAGCCAGAAAAGUGUUGUGCUUGUAAACAAAGGAUGUUAUCAUCAGACUGAUGGUAUAUUAAACUAUAUAUACUUUCUGAACCUAGUUGUACUGCAGAUUUUUUUAAAACGAUUUGCAUGUGUAAGAUUAUAAAUUAUGUUUCAUAAACUUAAAUCUGUCAACAUAUAAUUAUCAAACAAUUGAGUAUCAUUGAAAUAGUGGGUUGGGAAAAAUACAUCCCCUACAAGAGGAGGAUGUUAGAUGGUUUAAUUUGAGACAUAAAACUCAGGGACAUCAUCCGUUUCAGUAGAAAAUAAAACAAACAAUCCAGGCUUGCACUUAAACUCAGGGACAGAGAAGGGUCAACUAUAUAAUCCAUUGUGUUAUCAUUUUGUAAGCAUUUAAUCAGUAAACUUUGUAUUUAGGCUACAUUUUAGUAUUGCAUGUUGAAAUGAAUACAUUGGAAACAAUUAGAGCUCCAUCUUGUAACGCAUUUCUUCAUUAUUUGUCUGUUAGUUUAAAUGUCACAUUUUCAUGAGAUGUAGUCGUUUCAGACAGUUGUUGCCAAUUUCAGAAAGAGGCGUGAGUGAGUGAGUGAUAUAUUGUGUGAUGACCUAAUUGGACUUUGAUUUUAAGCUUUGUCAAACCAUAGACAGACAUAACAUACAAUACUAGGAGCAACUUUUGGAUGUGUAGAAACUUCCAGAUUGAAGGCAGUAGUUCAAGAAGGUGGUUGAGUCACAUCUUAAUGAAAAUUGAAUUAGUUACAAAUUUAGUUACCAGGAUGCUCUGUGCACCUAAGGACAAGAAGUGUAGAUAUGUGUACACAGUGCCAUUGAAAAAAUAUUCAGGUGGGGGUUAUGUCUAUCUAUAUCCUUUUUAUGCAUGAAGCUGCUUGGACAUGACCACCAUGUUGCACAGCUCAGAACAGACUCAAAUAUAAAAUAUAGAAUUAUCACAAGCAUAUUUGUUUUGUUUUAUCUCUUUCAAAAAAAAAAAGGGGGGGGGGGUCCUCCUUCUUAGAUAGACAGAAAAGUAAACUAUGGAGAAUGUCCCCAGAUCCCAAAGAUAGCACAGUGGAAAAUUGCACAUUAAGACUGGACACACUAAAUUUUAGUUCAUAGCCCACGAGAUACAAAUAUCAAGAGGAACAUUAGAAAUAGUUUUGUUGCCAUUUUUCUCAAGUUGUGACUUGACCACCGACUUGAUCUUGAUGUAUUUUUGUAAACAGAAAUGUAUGGGUCAUUUUAAUAGUGCGAAUUAAAGAACAAUCAACGUUAUUCUUAUUUCGUCAAA